UGAUGAAACACCGCGAGAAAGUUCUUGGAUUAUAUUUUGUUGGCUUGGCGAUUUAAAUGUUGCUGCUACUUAUUUUCAUGAAACUUUUAAAAGAAAAAUAAUUGAUUAUAAACUUAUUCCAAAUGUUGGAAUUGCAGUUCAACUUAAUAACCCUGAAGCUAUUGGAAGAUUAUUUUGCUUUCUUCCUCUUCCAAUACUAAUGCCUUUUCGUGUAUCUGUACAUGGUCAUUUUGCUGUCAGCACAAAUCGACGUUCGUUAUGGUCUGCUACAGAUGGCGAAGAUUUGGCUGAAGGUACAUUAGCCAAGCUCAAAGUUUCAUGGAACCAAUACCUUUUUAAUGUUAUUCUCCCACAGGCAUGGGCAAAGUUUUUAGUCCACCUUCCUAACGAAGCACCUGACAUCAAUGCAAAAGAGUUCUAUAGUUUUUGGCCAAUCAUUAAAGAAUCUGGUUCCGGAGGUUUUGUUAACAAUCAAACAAAAAAUAUUUUGCUAAAUACGAUUGAAAACUUCACUAUUUCUGAUAAAGUUUUCUGUGGUCCUCCAAGAUCUUGCACACUUGGAAACAUGUCUAGUAUAUUACCAUCGUUUCAAAAGGUUUUCAUGUCCCGUGAAACUGCAUUUCAUUUAUUCUCAAUCGAAAAUGGUUUCCUACCGGAUGAAUCUGCUUCGCCUGAUAUUUCAAAGAUUAUUGAAAGCAUAGGAUUCCCUAUAAUUAAUAUUGAUCCUAAAGUAUACGACGAGUUGAAAAAAUCUUGUCAUAAAAAUUCUUUAAAUAUUUGUUCUCCACAUGCCGUUAGAAUGUAUCUUCUUCAAAAUAAAUCAAAAUGGGAAAACAGAAAAAGGGAAGAUGAAGGAACUUG